UUCUUCCUCUUUCAAAAUCUAGAACAACAACAAAAGAAAGAAAACGAGCAGCAACUUAGGCGAUUUAAUCACCUGCCCACCAUGUCGAACCCAAUUGCCGCCACCGUCGGCGCGUUCGUGAACCGCAAGUUCUCGAUCAACCGCAACACCGGCCAACCUCGCAUGCGCCGCUUCUCCAUCGGAGAGCCCACUGCCACUGAGGCGAGCUCCAAGAUCCACAGACAAUUCCGAGCUGCUCACGAAGGUCACCUUCCUCAUGCUGGUCUCGACCCCUCCCGAUCGUCGACCGGUGUCGUCUGGUGUACAGAGCGCGCAGGCGAGUUUGGCUUCUUCGACGAACCUGAGAAGUGGGCAAACCUGGGCCAGGGCGCCCCUGAGGUCGAGGACGACAUCGAAGGCUGCUUCCAGCGCCCGACCCACAUCGAGAUCAAGGUCGCUUCUAGAGAAUAUGCGCCCACCGCCGGCAUCAAGCCCCUUCGCGAGGCCGUCGCCAAGAUGUACAACGAGCACCACCGUCAGGACAAGACCAGCAAGUACACCUGGGAGAACGUUGCCAUCGUGCCUGGUGGCCGUGCUGGCCUGAUCCGUAUCGCUGCGGUCCUGAACCAGGCCUAUCUGGGCUUCUUCAUUCCCGACUACACUGCAUACAACGAAAUGCUGUCGUUGUUCCGAAACUUUGCUGCUAUCCCCAUCCCUCUUCACGAGCAGGACGGAUAUCAUAUCCACCCCGACCUCGUAGCUGAGGAGAUUGCACGUGGAACUGGUGUCAUUCUGACCUCGAACCCUCGCAACCCCACCGGCCGAGUGGUUCAGAACCCUGAGCUGGCCGAGAUCCAGGAUAUCUGCCGUGGCCGUGCGACGUUCAUCAGCGACGAAUUCUACUCUGGCUACAACUACACGAGCGACUGCGACGGCUCGACCAUUUCCGCUGCGGAGAACGUCCAGGAUGUCGACGAGGACGACGUGCUCAUCAUCGACGGCUUGACCAAGCGCUUCCGCCUGCCCGGCUGGCGUGUCGCGUGGAUCGUCGGACCCAAGGAGUUCAUCAAGGCCAUCGGCAGCUGCGGCUCGUACCUGGAUGGCGGCACCAACGCGCCCUUCCAGGAGGCGGCGGUGCCCAUGUUGGAGCCGGAGCUCGUACGCAAGGAGAUGCAGGCGCUCCAGUCACACUUCCGCAUGAAGCGCGACUACGUGGUCGAGCGGCUGCGCAAGAUGGGCUUUGUCAUCAAGGACGUCCCUGACUCCACCUUUUACCUGUGGCUCGAUCUCGAGGGCCUGCCCGGUCCCAUCAGCGACGGCCUGAACUUCUUCCAGGCGUGUCUGGAGGAGAAGGUCAUCGUGGUGCCGGGCAUCUUCUUCGACCUGAACCCGGCGAGGCGCAGGGACUUGUUCGACUCGCCGUGCCACCACUUCGUGCGCUUCUCGUACGGCCCCAAGAUGGAUACCCUGAAGGCUGGUUGUGACGGUAUCGAGAGGGUUGUGACCAAGUUCCGCAACGCAGAGUGACAAGUAAACCCGGCAGCCGUCUUCAAUCAGUAGGAUCCUGUCCUGCUCCGGCGAUAGUUCGCCACGGGUAGGGACAAAAAGAGGCAUGCAGAGAAGAGGAAGGUCGCAUACAUCUUGAAGCCCUUAUACAGAAUUAGAACAAGAAAGAGCAAAAAGGAAGAAAAGAUUUCACCGUAUAACUUUC